AUGAACGUCCGCCCAUACUUGAUCGGCAUCGCUGGAGGGUCAGCGAGUGGUAAAACCUCAUUGAGUAACAAAAUUCAAGAGGCCUUGUCUGUUGAUUGUACAGUAAUAAGUACAGACUGUUUUUAUAAAGAUUUAACCCCCUCUCAGCUAUUAGAGGUAGCUGAGUAUAACUUUGACCAUCCUGACGCUUUCGAUUUCAUAGAGAUGAAUCAGGCGCUUUGGAAGCUUUUGCAUUGUGAAGAAGUUAACGUCCCAAUUUAUGAUUACACACGUUGCCGAAGAUCAGAUUCAUUUAUUGCAGCUAAACCAACCCAAUUCGUUAUUUUAGAAGGCAUUAUGGCACUUUAUGACCCUAAAAUCCGAGAUAUGAUAGAUUUAAAAAUCUUUGUCCAUACUGAUUCAGAUGAGUGUCUACUCCUCUCUGAAAAAAAGAGCAAAAUUUCUUAGUUAAUUAUCAAUGUGAAAUAAAUAAAUAAUUUUGGUGUAUAAUGGCUUGAUAUAUAAAUUAAUAAUUAUUUUAAUCAUAUCUGUUGUAUUUUGACAAAUCACAAUCUUAAAAAAAUACCUCAAAAUUCUUGUUGAUAUUCAGAAGGAGAUUUAGCAAGAAGAAUUAUCAGGGAUACUGAACAAAGAGGGAGAGAUAUACAUUCAGUGAUCCAUCAGUAUAGAAAAUUCGUGAAACCUGCAUUUGAUGAAUUUAUUUUCCCUAUGAUGAAAUUUUCUGACAUCAUCGUCCCAAGAGGGGCUGAAAAUAAAAUUGCUUUUGAUCUGAUCAUUCAGAACUUAAAGAUAAAGAAAAACAGCCAAGAUAAUUAA